AUGACUGUUUCCAAGUCCUCGACAACGACCAACAAGCUCUCGAUCUUGCAUUUCAACGAUGUGUAUCGCGUAACACCUCAGAAAUUCACCAAUACGUCGAGUGAGACGAUCGAUGUCACGCAGUUUGCGUGGUUGGUUGAUAGUCUGAGGGGCAACUGGAACGACUGUGAAGGAGAACAAGGAAAGAAUGGUCUGGUUUUGUUCAGCGGGGAUGUAUUUUCGCCGUCCGUGGAGAGUUCGGUGACGCGAGGAAGCCAUAUGGUUCCUGUAUUAAAUGAGCUGAAGAUCGAUGUUUCUGUUACUGGGAACCACGAUUUCGAUUUCGGUUAUCCGCAUCUUUCGAAAUUGGUUGGCGAUACCGCUUUUCCAUGGUUGUUGAGCAACAUUGUCGACACUACAACGGGACAAGUCCCUAGCGCUCUGAAAGAAUUUGUUGUUCUAGAAAGGAGUGGAGUGAGGAUUGGAUUUAUUGGGUUGGUGGAGAAGGAAUGGAUUGCGACUGUAGCUUCAUGGCCUGCAGAGUUCCAGUACAAAUCGAUGGCUGAUACCGCUGUUGAACUUUCGAAACGGUUAAGGGAUCCAGAGGGUGAAUACAAGUGUGACAUCAUCGUUGGACUCACGCAUUGCCGGUUACCGAAUGAUAUCCAACUAGCAAAGGAUGUGUUCGCGCUUAGCCCUUCGCACCAGCGCAAGACUCCUAUCGCAGAUAUUCACGGUGUUGACCUCUUGCUUGGAGGCCAUGAUCAUCUGUACUUUGUUCCCAAGGGAGUUGAUGGAUGGGAAGGCUUCGAUGUCGCAGCGCCUACACUGGGUGCAGAGGGAGACGAGGGAGACAUUUUGGUCGUCAAGAGUGGGUCGGAUUUCAGGGAUCUCAGCGAGAUUGAACUCGAGCUGGAGGAUACGCCGGAGGGAUGCGCAAGGAAUAAGGUUGUUAAGAGGAUCACAGGUAAACGACACACGGUCUCCCCUUCUACACCGAAAUCCGAACGCAUGAGCAAACUACUCGAAAAGCUCCUUUCGUCAGUAAGUUCGACACUCAAAGCUCCGGUUUGCAAGAGCACCGUGUUAUUGGAUCUGCGCGGCCACCACAUCCGGACAACCGAAUCCGCUGCAGGCAACUGGUUCGCCGACAUUAUCCGUCCUGCAUACGACGACACUUUGGCAAUGAAUGGAUGUGAAGGAGCGGACGGGGUAUUCAUCUGCGCUGGAACGUUACGCGGAGACUCGACAUAUGGACCUGGGGUGAUUACGCUUGGAGAUAUUUUAGAGAUUUUGCCAUUUGAGGAUCCGGCCAUCGUCAUUGAGAUGGAUGGGGAGACGUUGUGGGAGGCACUAGAAGCGGGAUUAAGCAAGUGGCCUGCUCAAGAAGGGCGUUUCCCGGUUAUUUCAGGAUUCAAGGUCACUUGGGACUCGAGAAGGGAGCCUGGAAACCGUGUUACUGGUGUAUGGUUACAGGUGGAGAAUGUGGACAAGAAUCAGUCGCACGGCCAUGUUGACCAUGUGCCUGUCGAGAAGACGAAAGAGGGGAGGAAAUACAGGAUUGUAACGCGAGAGUAUCUGGCGGAUGGUCAUGACGGGUACGAUGUUCUCAAGAGGUGUAAGCGUCUUGUCGAUGAGGAGUGCGGUGUCCUGGUUAGUGCCAUCGUGCGCAAGUACUUGCUCGGAUCCCACUAUGUCAACAAGAUGAUUCGUCUUAAAUCGGUACCCAACGGCGACGUUAUCCACCCCAAGCUCCGGCUCGCUCUGUCUGAAGAGUCGAGUUCUAAAGCCAGGAUACAAUGGAGGAAUGUCGUGCACAAGGUUAUCAACCGGAAGCCGUUUGCACAUUACAGGCACCAGCAGAAUGUUCCUGCUGUGCAGCAUAUGAGUUCGGUGGAUGCGUUUGAUGGGUCUGGGGCUAGAAAGGGAGAACCGUGUCCGUAUGCUGAGAAGGAGACGACCCAGGAUUUGCUUGUUAUUAGUCCGGAGAUUGAUGGGAGGUUGAAGGACGAAGCGAGGUCAGAUUGA